AUGGCCGAUCUGGGACAACCUACUGCGCCGGCAGCGAGAACGCUCGCGGAGACUGAGGCCGAAGAUACAGAGAAAUCUUCACCACCAGGAAUCCCUGGAAAUGACGGCCCGGAUGGUGGUGUUGCUGCUUGGCUCGUUGUGCUCGGUGUCUGGUGUACAUCGUUCUGCAGUUUUGGCUGGCUGAACAGUGUUGGAGUCUUCCAGAAAUACUACCAGAACGAGUUGCUCCGUGACUAUUCUCCCAGCACAAUCUCAUGGAUUCCAUCCUUGCAAAUUUUCUUCAUCAUGGGCAUGGGCCCCUUCGUUGGUGCCCUGUACGACAGCUUUGGCCCAAAGUGGCUGCUCUUGACGGGCAGCGUUGUGCACAUCUUCGGCAUUAUGAUGGCAUCCCUCGCAACCAAAUACUAUCAACUCCUUCUUGCGCAAGGAUUGUGUUCUGCCAUUGGAGUCUCGGCAAUUUUCCAGCCCUCCUUCACUUGCGUUCUCGGCUGGUUUACUCGCAAGCGCGGCCUGGCCUUUGGAAUCCUGUUUACGGGGUCUAGUGUUGGAGGAGUCGUCUUCCCUAUCAUGAUCUCACGUCUAAUUCGUGAAGUGGGCUACGGCUGGGCCAUGCGGAUAUCGGCAUUCCUGAUGCUCUUCCUCCUGAUCAUUGCCAAUCUGACCGUCCAGCCGUAUCAUCCUCCACAGCCUCAGAAAAUCACGGCCGCCCAGCUCCGCAAACCAUUCACCGAGCUCGACUUUCUUCUAAUCACUGCUGGUUCCUUCUGCUUCAGCUUCGGCUUCUUCGUCCCCAUUAACUAUCUUCCCGUCCAGGCUCUGGACGCAGGCAUGGAUCCCAGUCUCACCCCGUAUCUUUUGCCGAUAUUGAACGCUGGUUCGCUAUUCGGCAGACUGAUUUCCGGCCUAGUGGGCGACAAAGUCGGGCGUUACAACACUUUCAUCAUAGUAUGCUACCUGUCCGACAUCUGGAUCCUGGCCCUUUGGCUUCCAGACUCAAGUGACCCGGCACUGAUCGCUUUUGCCGUAUUAUUUGGAUUCUUCUCGGGCGCCUAUGUCUCGCUCAUUGCGCCUUUGGUCAUGCAGAUCUCGGCCAUGACGGAGAUUGGGUUCCGCACCGGCAUUGUCCUUUUCCUCACCGCAGUUGCCGGCUUAACGACCAAUCCCAUCAACGGCGCCAUCCUGGAUAGUGCAGGCGGCUGGGCUGGGGUCAAGGGUUUUCCGGAGUGUUCUGUAUUGCUGGCACAACUUUUGUUCUUGAGGCGAGAAUCAGGCGUACCGGUUGGAAAUUGGUUGCGGUGUUCUAAGACAUGUCCCACUCGCCCGGGAAGAUUGCUUCUGUAUUUGUAG